AUGAAACUUUGGCUCUUCUGUUUUCUGGACUCUGAAACAAAACUCUAUAGACAAAAUCUCAGAAAUGCUGAAUAUCUGAUUUUCUCAUUUUCAGAAAAGCGAUGUCCUACCCUUGCCAUGCCAGCAAAUGGAGGGUUUAAGUGCGUAGAUGGUGCCUACUUUAACUCCCGGUGUGAGUAUUAUUGUUCACCAGGAUACACGUUGAAAGGGGAGCGGACCGUCACAUGUAUGGACAACAAGGCCUGGAGCGGCCGGCCAGCUUUCUGUGUGGAUAUGGAACCUCCUAGAAUCAAGUGCCCAAGUGUGAAGGAACGCAUUGCAGAACCCAACAAACUGACAGUCCGGGUGUCCUGGGAGACCCCUGAAGGAAGAGACACAGCAGACGGCAUUCUUACUGAUGUCAUUCUAAAAGGCCUCCCCCCAGGCUCCCAUUUUCCAGAAGGAGACCACAAGAUCCAGUACACAGUCUAUGACAGAGCUGAGAAUAAGGGCACUUGCAAAUUUCGAGUUAAAGUAAGAGUCAAACGCUGUGGCAAGCUCAAUGCCCCAGAGAAUGGUUACAUGAAGUGUUCCAGCGACGGGGAUAAUUAUGGAGCCACCUGUGAGUUCUCCUGCAUCGGUGGCUAUGAGCUCCAGGGUAGCCCUGCCCGAGUAUGUCAAUCCAACCUGGCUUGGUCUGGCACAGAGCCCACCUGUGCAGCCAUGAACGUCAAUGUGGGUGUCAGAACGGCAGCUGCACUUCUGGAUCAGUUUUAUGAGAAAAGGAGACUCCUCAUUGUGUCCACACCGACAGCCCGAAACCUCCUUUACCGGCUGCAGCUAGGAAUGCUGCAGCAAGCACAGUGUGGCCUUGAUCUUCGACAUAUCACCGUGGUGGAGCUGGUGGGUGUGUUCCCGACGCUCAUUGGCAGGAUAGGAGCAAAGAUUAUGCCUCCAGCCCUAGCGCUGCAGCUCAGGCUGUUGCUGCGAAUCCCACUCUACUCCUUCAGUAUGGUGCUAGUAGAUAAGCAUGGGAUGGACAAAGAGCGCUAUGUCUCCCUGGUGAUGCCUGUGGCCCUGUUCAACCUAAUUGACACUUUUCCCUUGAGAAAAGAGGAGAUGGUCCUACAAGCUGAAAUGGGCCAGACCUGUAGCACCUGACGUGAUGAUUCCUCUCUUGGCAGUUCCUCUUCAUUGUCUACAUGAUGACAUGCACACAGGAAAGCCUUAAAAAUAUCCUUGAUGUACAGAUUUUUAUUUGUAAUUUUUAAAGUCUAUUUUAUUAUGAGCUUUCUUUGCACUUAAAAAUUAGCAUGCUGCUUUUUGUACUUGGACGUGUUUCAAAAAAUUAUAUGACUAUAUUUACUCUUUCUUUCUUUACCCCAGAGAAAUUAGAACACAUAACCAUACACAAGCUAUCAACAUGUUAUUCAAUAUAAUACUUAACUCUUUUCUAUUUUGUUUUUUAAAUAAGACUUUUAUUAAUAAAAUGUUUUGGAGCAAA